UAUUUUUGGGUUAGAAAGUGAACAAAGUUGUGCAGAAUGUGUUGUAAUGAACGAGAAAGUGCAAAGAUUCGAGCGAAUCUGAGAAAUAUUAGGCAUAGAAAUUGGUUAUUAAAAAUGUGCGGUGAGAAUGGAUCCGUUCGUCGACGAAGAGAAUAGGACCCGGACUCAAAUAAUGGAUCCAUCCGAUUACGUGGUGACCGUCAUCAAUGAGACCGACUUGGAAAAUGAAAUUCCGGAGAAUCAGGAUCCGGUCACGAUGAUGUCGAUAUUGAUAGUCGGUACAUUCCUUUCGUUGCUCAUCUUCCUGUCCGUCGCAGGCAACAUCCUCGUCUGUGUGGCCAUCUACACCGACCGCGGCCUCCGACGCAUCGGCAACCUCUUCCUCGCCUCCCUGGCCAUCGCCGACCUCUUCGUCGCCUCCCUGGUGAUGACCUUCGCCGGCGUGAACGACAUCCUCGGCUACUGGGUCUUCGGUGCCCAGUUCUGCGACACGUGGGUGGCCUUCGACGUGAUGUGUUCGACAGCGAGCAUAUUAAACUUGUGCGCUAUAUCACUAGAUAGAUACAUUCAUAUUAAAGACCCCCUGAGAUAUGGAAGGUGGGUGACAAGACGAGUGGCUUUAGGAACAAUAGCAACAAUAUGGCUUCUGGCGGCGCUUAUAUCGUUCGUUCCCAUUUCGCUGGGGUUGCACCGGCCCCCACAACCUCUUGUCUACAAUGCCGGGGGCCAGAACUAUCCGACUUGCGCUCUGGAUCUCACUCCAACCUAUGCGGUCGUCUCGAGCUGCAUCUCUUUCUACGUUCCUUGUAUUGUCAUGAUUGGCAUCUACUGCCGCCUGUACUGCUACGCCCAAAAACACGUAAAAAACAUCAGAGCCAUCACUCGGCCCAUCGACCUCCCCGAGAACGCCAACACGAAAAAGAGCAUGAAGCAGAAAAACAAAGCCCUACAUAUCCACUUGCACAACCACCACAGCUCGCCGUAUCACGUGAGCGACCACAAGGCCGCCGUCACCGUGGGCAUCAUCAUGGGCGUGUUCCUAAUCUGCUGGGUGCCGUUCUUCUGCAUCAACAUCGUCGCGGCGUUCUGCAAGACGUGCAUCCCGGACAUAACCUUCAAGAUCCUCACCUGGCUAGGCUACUCAAACUCGGCAUUUAAUCCCAUCAUCUACUCCAUUUUCAACACGGAGUUCCGCGAGGCUUUCAAGCGGAUUCUAACGGCUCACUACCCCGCAUGGUGCAAGUGCGGGUACCAAUCGGUGGCGCUCAACACCAACGACAAGUUCAUCACGGAUUACGGCACGAAGACUGUCAUCGUGAACGCCCGGAGAAACGGAUCGUUCGGGGAAUUCUCCAGCGAGCACCUCAGCACCGAGUCCGUUCACCAGACAAGGGUGAAUUCAGCGGAGAGGGAUUUCUUCGGAGAGGGCGUGAGCGCCAUUUGACAGGACUGUGACCAUCUGCAGGACACGAUGGUUUAAUUUGAAGCACAUCUUCGCAAAAUGGCUGUGGGUUCUAAUAAUACGUAAUAAUUAGGUGUAGUGGGGCGGUGAUGGCUUAAUGGACGAUUUUCUAGUCACGUGAUCGAGCCAUAUCAAUUUCAGUCUUCGUUAGCAAUACUUCAAUAAGGUUGUGAUAAUGUUCUAGUCUCCAAACAGUUGUGGCACUAUGGUAUUAUUCUUUGCUUGGUGCGGGGGAGGGGUUGAGUUGUUCUGCUGAGAGGGACACGCACGAUCGGCUUAACUGCCAGGUAACCUGGUCUAACGUCGCUUGGUUAAAUUAGUUUUACAUCUGAAUUUUAUUACACUAGUCAUAUUGUCGACUGACUAAGUACAUAGGUAAUGUUAUUUUAAAUAUCCACCAACAUCGCAAUUUACACUGACAGUGCGUGUAAAAUGUUAGGUUAUAAAUUUUAUUAUAUUUUAUGUUUUUGCGUUUUGGAUCUAUAUCUCUUAUUAUUAUUAAACUGGCGAUGUAUUCACAUCAACAUCUAUCAUCGCAGUCAUAAAAGAUUUGCCAAAAAAAUCGACAUCUAGUAGAUCUCAAAAUUACAAGAGAUAAUAUUUUAUUUUCUUUACUGCUGCAAUUAUUUAAACGAAAGAGAAACUAAAAUGUUCUGUAAACCUGUUUCCAUGUCUUAAAAUUUACCAUAUGCCGAUAUCGAUUUUACCGUCAACAAUAGUCGUGUCCGCAUUUUGCGGAAAUUAUUGUCUAACAUGCUAUUUUUCAGAAGUUUUAUCAUCAAAAUAAAUCUUACGAAGGUUGCAAGCUUAUAUUCUGGUUUAUGCUCGUUUUAAAUGGUGACCGGAUGAUACAGUAAUACAUAAAAUGCAUAACGUACUGAUAUGAAAAAAUGAAAAAGUACUCGUUUAGACAAAUUAGAAGCCUCAUUUUUCACAGAUUAAAAUUGUAUGGCUGCUGCUAUAACUCUGCUCAGUACAAUGAUUUUUAGAUGAAGAUUCUAGUUAUUAAAAUAUCCGAAUAAUUUAACCUUAAAAGCUUCAUUAUAUUCAUAUAAACUAUAAAUAUAAACAACGAAAAGACCAAAUCCAGUACAGUUUCCUCUCACUAAAUUCACAGACGCUUUUACAUUUAGUGCUUAUUGUUGUUUUAUUGAUGUGUUCUUCUCAAAGUAAUUCCACUCUUGGACGUAUCAUUUUAAAUAAUAAGAACAAAUUUUAAUGCUUACCUUAACAUUUACUACACGGGCGAGCUAUGAACAUUUAAGGUUUCUAGUUGUAGGUCGGACGAAAUGGGAUCAAUGUAUCUGACAGUUAAACCAAUCGUGCGUUGACACCUUUAGAAAGUGAAGUUAGCCCAGGUUCUACUGCACUGUAACUGUUCGGACCCCAAUCUACAGGGUGAGGUGGUUCCUAUUUGGUCAUUCUUAUCAUCUAAAGAAAAAAUUUCGCUUCACUCGUGUACCAUUAACCAUACGCUACAAGUUUCUGCUAUCUGCAGCAAUGGAUAAAAACUGCCCACCCUGCAACUUCAAAACAGGGUUUAAUUUAAUAAAACAACAUGACAACUUGAAGCGGUUU